CGUGGAACGAACUUUCUCUUCAGGCUGUUUGGUCCAGUCCAGAUUAGAGAGCAAUACAGUACAGUACUGCACGAUCAUGACUUGUAACCCUUACAUACCGAGUAGCAGUCUGCAGAACAUCAAUUUGCAGAUGCCAGAUGUCGAGUGGAUGCGGCGCUCCUCCACUGAAAAAGGAUUCUCUCGGAGAAAAGAAUCUCGAAGCGCGACACCUUGACCUUUUUUAUGACACAAACCACCCCAUCUUCAAUAAGUCACCCUGCUACAGUACCAGCAGCCAAACAGAUCCAUCCAUCGAUCAAAGGAAUGAGUCGUUAGACCCUCUUCCCCCUCCCUGCUGCUACUUUUUAAUUUAUCGGUGCAGUGGAGUAAAGGACGUGCGGGCAGCGCUCUUGGAUGUCUCACGGUUUAGCUGGGACUUUUUGAGUUUACCGGAAUUAGCAUCAGCAGCACAGCACAUCUUCUCUCUCUCCGUCUUCUCUCCAAACUACAUGGGAGGAAACUUUCUUUCUCUUGCGACGAAACCACCACACCAAACCAAACCAAAUAGUUCAGAUCAAAGAGAUCAUCCAGAUCUCCGUCACGGUGACAGUCCUAGAGAAUCUAAUCUCAUCUUACAGUCCCUACCGUAUCGCUGCGUCUGCCGUUGACCGGGAUCCAAAAAAUACACAGGUGCGCAUAUAUUCGCCUCGGCCGUUUCAAUAAUUGAACUCAAACGCGCUCUGCAUCAAGGCCCCGCGACCAGCAGCUAUUCCUGGACCCAGAACAUUUCGCGCUUGGUGUCAUCGCAACUCGAAUGCUUCGUCCUUUUUCGAUAAACAUUUGUCCGUCUUCGACACGGGCAUUGGGAU